CAAAAAAGAAACAAAUGUAACGGAUUCACCGUUUGCCACUUAGCGCCUCCAAUUCCCACAUUCCCUCUCUCUCUCUCUCUUUCUCCCCUUCUUUCUAUCCUUUCCAAUUCCAUUCACUUUCUGAUCCGAUUCGUUCCUUCUUCGAUCUCCAGCUUCCAGAUUCAUCAACAAUUUGAUGUUAUGAAGGAACCAUCCGGAUCGUCAAUUUCGGCAUCGGAAGAUUAUCUCUGAGUCUUUCUUUUCCGUUUCUAUAAGCAAUGGGAUUAUCUUCCGAUAACAUUCAUGGCCUCAUUCUUGCUGUUUCUUCGAGUAUCUUCAUCGGUAGUAGCUUCAUUAUCAAGAAGAAAGGUCUUAUGAAAGCCGGUAGUAGUGGAACCAGAGCAGGUUCUGGAGGAUAUUCGUAUUUGUAUGAACCUAUGUGGUGGGCUGGGAUGAUAAGUAUGAUUGUUGGAGAGGUUGCUAAUUUCAUUGCUUAUGCUUAUGCUCCUGCAAUUCUCGUAACUCCUUUGGGAGCUUUAAGUAUAAUUUUCAGUGCAGUACUAGCUCAUUUCAUUUUGGAGGAGAGGCUACAUAUCUUCGGCAUGCUGGGAUGUGCUCUAUGUGUGGUGGGAUCAACAACUAUUGUUUUGCAUGCUCCUCAGGAAAGAAAUAUUGAAUCCGUCAAGGAAGUUUGGGUGCUUGCUACGGAGCCAGGUUUUCUGGUAUACUCCGUCAUAGUUUUGGUUCUAGUUGCUGUUCUCAUUGUUCGAUAUGUUCCAAGAUUUGGACAAACCCACAUGAUUGUUUAUGUUGGAAUUUGUUCUCUCAUGGGUUCUCUUACGGUUAUGAGCGUAAAAGCAGUAGGAAUUGCACUUAAGCUGACGUUUUCAGGGAUGAAUCAGUUUAAGUACUUUGAGACGUGGUUUUUUACGGUCCUUGUGGUAGGAGGUAGCAUUUUACAGGUCAACUACUUAAACAAGGCUUUGGACACCUUUAACACUGCUGUUGUAUCUCCAGUUUACUAUGUGAUGUUCACAUCACUCACCAUCCUUGCCAGUAUGAUUAUGUUCAAGGAAUGGGACUCACAAAAUGCAUCACAAAUUGCAACCGAACUAUGCGGUUUCGUUACCAUUCUUUCUGGAACUUUUCUCCUACAUAAAACUAGGGAUAUGGGAAAUUCUCCUUCCUCCGAUGGCCCAAUUGUCGUUAGGUCCCCGAAACGACCUACUACGAACACAAAUUCUGACUAGCAGCAGAGCAAAACAAAAAAACAAAAAGAAAAAGAAAAACAAAUGAAGAGCAGAGCAUCACAAACCCAAUCUCUUUCCAUCCAUAGCCCCUCCAAAAGACUUUGUUUAGAUAUACAAAUUCACUCAUCAUUGAGGGAUCAUUGCUUUUUGUAUGGAAGAUUCUUGUUAAUUUAUUGUAAGAAGCAAACCAGGUGGCACAUUAGCAAAAGGCAAAUGGAGUUCAAGGGAUUGGUUCUCUCACUUUUCAUCUGUGAGGUACAGAUUCAAAUUUUAAUUUUUUUAAAAGAAAAA